AUGGAGGAGGAGGGCAAGAAGGUCAAGAAACCCGGAAUUAUAUUGGCUAUUAAGCAAGUCAUCCUCAAAGGUGAAAAGAGCGGAGAUACAAAAGCCUACGAGAAGGUGACAGAGCUGUCUAUGCACAUUGUGGUGCUGUCCCUGCCUGAGUGAGUGGAGCCUGACAGACUGUUGAGCAACUACAUUGAGAAGGAGAUGAAGUGUUUAGGUAAGUUAAUGUCCAUAAACCUAAAACCAUCCAGUAAGACAGAGAUCCUGCACCUCAUAGACAACAAAAAGAGAGCCCACCAGCUCCUCAGAUAGUUGAUCCAGGAGCAAGAUGAGCUCAUCAGCCUGUCUGCCUGAAAUGUCAAGCUGGCCUGGAGGGACAGAGAAGAAAGCAUCUUCAGGGCCCCCAUUCAUGUCAAGGCCAUGUCCUAUACGUGGCAUGAUGCCUUGCACUUGGUGGUCCUGAAGACAACAAAAGACCCAGUGUCUCCCUCAGUCAGUCUGUGGGUAAAAAGUUCCAGAGGCCUCACCACAAGCUCCAUGUUGGAGAGUGGAGUGGAGCCUGUGGAGGUCUGUUGCCUGGUGAUACUGGCCAUGGAGAGCAAGGUGGCAGCAGAUGAGUCAAGGCAGGUCUUCCAGAUCAUAUACACAGAGCCCACCAUCGACUUUCUGGACAAAGCCAUAUUUGAUGUGUCCUCGACAUCAACCUACCACCUGUCCUCCCACAGUAGUGAUUACUCUUCCACCAAGGUAGACAUGAAGGAUUCAUACAAGACAGACGCCAGCACUUUCUCCUUUCCUGUGCUGCACGCAGGUGACAUCUUGUCCUGCAUGCCCACAGUGCCCCAUGCCAAGACACUUCACAAGAGCAAGCUGAGCACCGUGGCCAUGGAGCUACUAUAGGACUACACCAUGCUGCAAACCAAGCUGUCCUCCCAGGAGAUUCAGCAGUUUUCAGCUCUGCUUCAUGAGUACCUCAAGUGCUCGGUGCUCAAGUUCCAUGCGAACCUGCUGCAGUUCUGUGGGGACAGCUGUAAGUUCCUGCUGCUCAGUCUGCAGCCCUUCAUCCCUGAGAAGGACAGCCAGCACUUUGAGAACUCCCUCAAGACCAUCAGGGUGAAGGGCAGCCACAACAUCAUCACUGACAGCUUCAGCCAAUAUAGGCAGGCCACGAGCUCCACCUUUACUUCCACCUCCAAUGGGAACAGGGAAGCUGGCAGCUCCAACAACCAAUCUGUGACCUUCAAUGUGAACCAAUGGGACCACAUGAUCGCAGACAUCAGCAAUGACAUCAAGGUGCUGGUCUCCAGGAUGGACCAGGACUUGACCUGA